AUGGUCUUCGCCUGGAAAGCCGCCGGUCUCACCUACAACCGCUACCUCGCCGUCGCUUCGCGCGUCGUGCGCCGCAGCCUGAAGGAGGACAAGAGAAUCAUCGCCGAGCGCCGCGGAGGGACUGAACUCCGUUUCGCCAAGUGGGAGAACGGCAAGCAGAACGAGCCCAAGCUCCUGUCGCAGGCCACCGUCAACGUCCCUCCUCCGUCUUCGUAA